GAACUUAAGCAAUAUUUGGAGGAGAACCUUAGAGGAUAUAUCUACCUGUCGAUAUUGCUAGUAGGCUACCUAAUUCUGUUUGUGCCUAAGAAAGAUAGAAAGCUAUAGUUAUAUGUCGACUAUCGGCAACUUAACGAACAGACUAUGAAAAAUCGAUACCUAUUACCGCUGAUCUUACGGCUCCGAGAUCAGUUAGCAGGAGCCUAAUAUUUCACACGUCUUGACUUGCUAUCGGCCUAUAACUAUAUACGGAUUAAAGAAGGCGACGAGUGGAAAACGGCCUUUAGGACACCCUAUAGCCACUAUAAGUACCUUGUCAUGCCAUUCGGACUUACAAACGCGCUGGCAACGUUCUAAGCCCUGAUUGAUUAAGCUAUCUAACCCUUUCUCGACAAAUUUACGGUAUAUUAUCUCGAUAAUAUACUUAUCUUCUCUAAGACGAUAGACGAACAUUAGAAGUAUAUAAGAGUAGUACUAGACGCGCUAUACGUAUAUAAGCUAUUAGUUAACAAGGAAAAGAGCAAAUUCCACGUUAGGAAAACGGUGUUUUUGGGGUAUGAAAUAUCCCUAGGACAAAUUCGGAUGGAACCUUUAAAGGUUAAAGCUAUCAAGAAUUGGCUAUAACUAACGAUAGUUAUAGAAGUACGAAGCUUCAUCGGAUUUGCAAACUUCUAUCGAAUGUUCAUUAGGAACUUUAGAGCAAUCGUAUAACCUUUAUAUGAACUUACUAAGAAGAAUGCUAAAUUCUAAUAGGAAGGACAAUACGAGUAAGCAUUUAUAUAGAUCUAUAAUGCUAUUACUAAAGACCUAAUACUAGUACUACCAGAUCCUAAGAAACUAUUUAAGGUGGAAACGGACGCUUCAGACUAUGCCAUCAGAGGAUAAUUAGGAUAACGAGACGGACAAGGAAAGCUAUAUCCUAUAGCCUUCUUUUCAAAGAAGCUUGACGGACUACGUCUUAAUUAUCUGAUCUAUAAUAAGAAACUACUUACAAUUGUUAAAGCUUUUAAGGAAUGGCGACUAUACCUUAAUUAUAAGAACCUACAAUACUUCCUAACAACAAAGGAGCUUAACAGACGACAAAUAUAAUAGGUAGAAUUCCUUAUAGAAUUUAACUUCGAGAUCUACUAUAAGAAGGGCAAAGAAAACGUAUAAGCAGACAUCUUAAGCCGACAAACAGGUCAUAUAGAAGAACAGACAGAAACAAUACUACCGUUAUUCAAGGAACAGAUAGACGGAACGCUAUAUCACGAAACAUAGACACCCGUAGAAGAUAAUCUACUCGACCUAUUCUUAGAAUGUUAUAUAAUCUUCCGAGAAGAAAGGAUUAACAAGACAUAGUAUCAAACGGCACCCGGACCACUGGUACCUAACGGAGUCGAAGAAAGAGAUGGGAAACUCUGGUACCGAGGCAAAGCGUAUAUCUAUAACAAAGAUUAAUAGCUGCGAAUGAUUUAAGAACUCUACGAAUCGAAACUCAGAGAAUAUAAAGGAGUUACGAAAACUAUUAUAUAAGUUAAGAAACACUACGACUUUCUAUAGUUAACGGCACGAGUCAAGGAAGUCGUACGAAGCUAUGAUAUCUGCAAUCGAAGCAAAACGGCAUGACAUAAGCCGUAUAGGCUACUUUAGCCUCUGCUAACACCUGACAAACUAUAGAGUUUGGUCACAAUAGACUUUAUUAUAAAGCUGCUAGAAUCUAAGGAUAUAGCUAUAGGAGUGAUCUACGAUAGCAUCCUUACUAUAGUAGAUCGCCUGACUAAAUGGGUAUACUUCUUCCCCUAUAAGAAAUCUUAGAUAGCUAAAUAGCUGGCAGACGUAAUCUACUAGCAAGUUAUAUUAGUACACGCUUGGCCGCAAGAAUAGAUUACCGACAGAGACACCAAGUUCGUAUCGAAGUUCUGGCAAGCAUUAAUACAACGAUUAGGCGUCAAUAGUAAACUGUCAACGGCAUAUUACCUGCAGACCGACGGACAAACGGAGCGACUAAACUAAGUCAUCGAAUAGUAUCUCCAAACGACCAAGGUCACACUAUUCUUCGCGAACUAUAGAUAUAAAGCAGACCUUAGACAAGGACUAGAGAUUAUAGUGCCAAGAGCAAUAGUUAAAGCAGAACAAAUGCACGUACUAUAUAAAAAGCUUAAAAAGGAACUCGAGUUCGUCAAAACGAGGAUAAAGAACUACUAUAAUAAACACAGGCUCAAGGGACCUUGCCUAGAGAGGGGAGACAAAGUUUAUCUGAUCUCACGAUACCUAUGAACUAAACGACUAAGUAAGAAGCUAGACUUCAAAAAAUUAGGACCAUUCGUUAUUAAAGAGCGAAUCUUAACAUCUAACUAUCGAUUAUCGUUACCGUUAUCUAUGCGACUACGGACGGACGUUUUUCAUAUUUCACUCUUGGAACCAGCGCCGAAGGAUGCCAAGAUUCCUAUAAACAUCGAAGCAGAGGAUGAAGAGGAAGAAUGGGACGUCGAAGAAAUUCUAGAUUUAUAUAUCGUCAACGGAAAACUAUAAUAUCUGGUUAAAUGGCUUGAUUUUAGACUAGAAGAUAACUUAUAGGAACCUGUUAAGAACCUAAAUUGCCUUAAGAAACUUUAGCAGUUUUACUAGAGAAACCCUAAUCGACUAAAAGCGAUAGACUAGAAACUAACCUGAAAUUAGCUAGUAAAGAUAGAUCUAAAGGAACUUCAGGAUAUACGGUAUCCUAAAGCUGUCUGAAAUUGGUAGAUAGGCGAGAUGGGGUCGAAGAAGACAUAGUAACCCUAGAAGCCUCUGCUGCCGCCGCUGCCUUAGCCUCCUCACGCUUCACUCGCUCUAACUCCUCUAUACUGUUAAUACCCCAAGCAAUAGCCCUUAUCAUCUUCUUAAACUAUAUCCGCUUUUAUUUCCGAAGACAAAGGACUUGCUCCUUAGUAGCUAUAAGUUUAUCUUUAAGUUU